AAAUUGUUACUGUGUCCAGUACUCGUAUUUGGGAGGUUUGCCUGCCGUUUCAGCCUCCUUCCUCCCCACGUAACGCAGCGCCGCCGCCGUGCCCGUGCCGGCGGCGCUUGCUUGCUCUCCUCUCCAUGCAAUUAGGCAUAUAUCACUGAGCUCCUCCCCGCCCGUGUUCGCGCCUGCAAUGCCAGCCUCGCCAUCCCCGCCCACUCGCUGCUUCUAUGCUCCACGCCGCACGGAGGCGGACACCGCCGCUCCCUGCCAGGCUCGCCGCCGCCUUCUUCGCCGCCAAGCCCCAGCCCCAGCCGCCCGCCCUCUCGCCGCAGAUCGUCGAGGCCGCCGUCUCCCGCUGCCCCUCCGACGCCCUCGCGCUCUCCUUCUUCCUCUGGUGCGCUCGCCGCCCCGCCUACUUCCACCCGCCCUCGUCCUUCGACCGCGUCCUCCCCGCCGCCACGCGCCUCGCGUCCCGCCUCGGCACCGCCCCCGCGCUCCUCCGCGAGCUCCAGAGCCUGGGCUGCCCCAUCAGGCCCCACACCUUCCUGCUCCUGCUCAGGCUCUACUGGCGCGGGGGCCUGUACCCGCUCGUGCUCCACCUGUUCGACGAAAUGCCCCACUGGGGCUUCCACCACAACGCCUUCGCGCGCAAUGUCGUCCUCGACGUCCUGCUCAGGACCGGCUGCGCCGACGACGCGCUGCGCUUCGUGCAGGGUAACCCGUCGCCCAACUACCUCACCUAUGCCAUUGUCCUGACUCAUCUCUCCAGAGCCGGGGAUUGGUCAGGGAUGCGCGUCUGUUUCACAGCUAUGCUGAGCCAAGGUUUUCUCCCCAGCGCCACUUCUCUCGCCUCGGUGUUUGCCUGUUGCAGUAAGGCCGGGACCAUGGCCGAGCUAAUGCAGCUGCUGUCGUAUGCGCUUGUCUCGGGCCAGCAGCUCACUUCAGCCAUGUGGACGUGUCUCAUCGCUCGUAUGUGCAGUGAGGGAAGGCUAAGCGAGGCCUGUCAAACCCUGGGAAAUAUGGUGCGUUCUGGCUCUUCUCCCACGGUGGUGACUUACACACCGCUUGUCAGAGGUCUCUUCCGAGCUGGGAGGCAUGACAUUGCCAGUGAGCUCUUGGGAUCCAUGGCAUCCAACGGUUGCAUCCCUGACCUUGUUAUGUAUAAUGUUCUGAUGGACUGCAUGAUGAGGGAGAGGAGGUACGAUGAGGCCAUAGACAUCUACCUACAUCUUCAUGGGAGCCAGAUAAAGCCGGAUGCAUACACUUUGUCUACUUUGGUUCAGGUAUUGCAGUUGUCACGGAACAUAGAUCUUCUCCCUAGGUUAAUCCUGGGCUCGGAUAUCUCUUAUGAUCUUGUGGCUUGCAAUUCUAUGCUGAGUGCUCUGUGCAAGUCAGGGUUUCCAUCUGAAGCCCUUCAGUUCUACAUUGAUAUGAUUGGUUUGGGCAUCAGGCCAGACAGCUACAGUUAUGUUGGAUUGUUGGAUAGUUUGUGUCACUUGGGAAGGAUAGAUCAUGCAGUCAACCUUUACCGCAGUGUUGUCACAAGCAAUCUUGAUUCAGACGCCUACGUCCAUGCAGCCAUCCUCCGUGGCCUUGUUAGAAGGGGCCAGAACAUAAUGGCAUUUAGGAUUCUCAGGGAGGCUGUGCGUCAAAAUUAUGCACUUGAUAACGUGUGCUACACCAUUGUUCUGCAUGGUCUAUUCCGAGGUCAUUUUGUUCAAGAGGCUCGCGAUUUGUUUGACAAGAUGAAGGAUUCAGGAGUUGCUUCCAACACUUGUACAUACAAUGUAAUGCUUCGUGGACUGUGUAGAGCCAGGGAUAUGUUUGCAGUCACGCAGUUACUAACAGAAAUGGAAGGCGCCAAUGUUCAUAUGGAUAGUACCUCAUUCAACGUGGUAGUUGUGCUCUUAGUGAAAUUGCAGCGCAUCAGUUCGGCAACAGCUUUGAUAAGAGAAAUGCUCAAUCUAGGCAUGAAACUUAACACCAAAACUUGCUGGUUACUUUCUCAAUCAAUUGGUCAUAGAUUCGUUUUGGAGGAUUCUAUCAGUGCUGAAAGUGAUGUAUCUGACUCAACAUGCGAUCUGCUUGUAUGCUCAGCUUCAUAGUCUACUUUUCGAUGGAACAAGCUUGCUGUUUAUGGUAUCUGCACUUUUGUGAUGUAAUUGAUACAAAAUAUAAAAUACUGAAGGCUGGAGAAAUUCUAAAUGAAUUUCUACCACACAGA